UUCCCUGAACCCUCAUCCCCCAAUUUCUCUCUCUAGCUCACUCUUUUCUCUCUUUUUCUCUCCGUGUUGGUUUUUUUUCUUCUUUUUUUUUCUUUUUUUGUUAGUGUUUGUUUGGUAGGAAAAGAAAAUGGCUAUAGGGAAUGUGGCUUGCAUUAUCACUCUUAUCUCGUUAAUGUGGAUGGCUGAAGCUAGAAUUCCAGGGGUUUACACAGGGGGUUCAUGGGAAAGCGCUCAUGCAACCUUCUAUGGAGGUUCUGAUGCCUCUGGCACCAUGGGAGGAGCUUGUGGUUAUGGUAAUCUUUACAGCCAAGGCUACGGUGUGAACACGGCAGCACUGAGCACAGCACUGUUCAAUAAUGGACUCAGCUGCGGCGCCUGUUUCGAGAUCAAAUGCGCAAACGACCCAACGUGGUGCCACUCCGGCAGCCCAUCGAUCUUCAUCACCGCCACUAACUUUUGCCCACCAAACUUUGCACUCCCAAACGACAAUGGAGGCUGGUGCAACCCUCCUCGCCCUCACUUUGACCUCGCCAUGCCCAUGUUCCUUAAGAUCGCCGAGUACCGUGCUGGUAUUGUCCCAGUUGCUUACCGAAGGGUGCCAUGCCGAAAGCCUGGUGGAAUCAGGUUCACGAUCAACGGUUUCCGUUACUUCAACCUGGUUUUGGUAUCGAACGUGGCGGGUGCAGGGGAUAUCGUGCAAGUGAGUGUGAAGGGUUCGAAAACGGGUUGGAUGACCAUGAGCCGUAACUGGGGUCAAAACUGGCAGUCAAACGCCGUUUUGGUGGGCCAGUCUCUGUCUUUCAGGGUUAGAGCGAGUGAUCGAAGGCAAUCCACCUCGUGGAACAUAGUCCCGGCUAAUUGGCAGUUCGGUCAAACUUUUAGCGGCAAGAAUUUCAGAGUCUAAAUUAAUAAAUAAUUAAAAAAAAAAGUUUAACCGAGAAAAUAUUUAUAAAAAAAAAAAGUCUAAGGACACUUUGGAGAUUUCGCGCCAUAAUGUUAUUUCCCUUUUUACCCUUUCUUGGCGCCAAAUUUGUCUUUUUUUUUUUUUGGGUUAAAUGUUUUUCAUUUUGACUGGGUGUUGGAGGGUUUGCUGACAAGGGAAGAGAGAGAAGUGUUUUGUUUAUUUUUAAUGUUUUUUCAUAACAUUUUGAUUGGUGGGUUUGGAUGAAAGUGUGAAGUGGUAAGAGUAAGAAAGUGGGGAAAAUUUUAGGUUUGGGGGGGGUGGUUGAAGAGGCUGAGGCGGCAGCAGAAAAAUCAUGUAGCCCGCAGCCUAAUAGUAUAAUAGUAGGGAACAUAUUGUAAUAUCGUAUAUCAUUACAUAUUAUAUAUGUGCAAGAGAAGUGUAUUAUUCUACUACUA